AUGCCUAAAACAGAUAACUCCACUGUACCCGAUUGUGACGAUAUGAUUAACUAUGAUCUUGUACCAUCCCCUUCACCUAACCCUGUUGUUUCAGAACAUGGAUUGGCCACUAAUUUUUCUUUUCAGGAUAUGAUGUCUAUCUCCACUCUGGACCAAUUGUGUGAUCACAACUCCACUGCCUUGGACACAGUUCCAAAGAUCACCACACGUAACUCUAAUUUCUAUCCUGUCAUGUCCAGAACACCUGUUCUGGACAUGUUUCAGGAGGCAGUCGAACGUGAUCUCACAACUUUGGCCCACACCAAGAGUCAUCAUGCCAACAAUCUUACUCGCUUAGAACAAGCUGCUCUUGACAGCCUGUCCACGGCAGAUGAUCUUGUUGUGAGACAGGCUGACAAGGGGGGCGCCGUUGUUAUAUUAGAUAAGGGACUUUACCGUCAAAUCAAUUUAGACAUGUUAUCUGAUCCUAACACAUACCGUGUUCUUAGAUCGGACCCUACUAGCAUCUUUAAACAACGGCUGGUGGAGCUUGUGGAUCUUGGGAAGGAGAAGGGUUUUUUCACUUUGCGUGAAGCAGAUUUUCUCAUUGUUGAAUACCCAAUAAUCCCCAUUUUUCAUUCUCUUUCCAAGAUCCACAAGCUUUGUUUCCCCCCACCCUGUAGACCUAUUGUUGCCGGCAUCGGCUCUUUAAGUGAAAACCUUUGUGCCUGGAUAGACUCGCUCCUCCAACCACUCAUCCCUCAGAUUCCGGCAUACAUACAGGAUACUAAACAUCUACUUCUCAAUUUGAAUCACAUACCUUGGCAUUCAUCCUUCUCCUGGGUCUCAGCGGAUGUUACAUCCCUGUACUCAGUUAUUCCACAUCACCUUGCACUCACUGCACUCCAAUGGUUCCUUUCUACUUAUUCCACCUAUACUCUUGAUCUUCGUGAAUUUCUGGGUCUGAGCUAUGCAGCACCAAAGCCAAGAGACAUACGUUGGUGUGUAACGUCAGAUGUUGAAAUCAAGAAGUGCAAUGAUCUAGCAACCUCCUGCAGUGUCAAUGAGAUUGCACUCCUAUGUGUGAAAAAAUCAAGUACUGAGGACUGCAUGAAAGCUAUCAGUGAUGGAGAAGCAGAUGCUAUUUCUCUGGAUAAUGGAGAUGUUUACAAAGCUUCAUUAAAUCCCUUUAACUUGAGGCCUAUCAUGACUGAAAGUCAUCAUUCUCAUAGAGUACAUCAAGGACCUUGUCACAAGGAACGACAGGCUCUGCUUGGAGCAGGAAGACCCCUACUGGGAGCCUUUGUGCCCGAGUGUGAUGAAAAGGGCAACUAUUUUCCAAAGCAAUGUCAUGGCAGCACAGGUUAUUGUUGGUGUGUUAAUAAAGAAGGUAAAGAGAUUGAGGGAACAAAAACAUCACCAGGACAACCAUUGCAAACAUGUGAAGAUUCAGCAGAUCAAAUACAUCAAGGACCUUGUCACAAGGAACGACAGGCUCUGCUUGGAGCAGGAAGACCCCUACUGGGAGCCUUUGUGCCCGAGUGUGAUGAAAAGGGCAACUAUUUUCCAAAGCAAUGUCAUGGCAGCACAGGUUAUUGUUGGUGUGUUAAUAAAGAAGGUAAAGAGAUUGAGGGAACAAAAACAUCACCAGGACAACCAUUGCAAACAUGUGAAGAUUCAGCAGAUCAAAAAAGUACUCCUUGCUUGAGGCACCGCCAGAGGGCACUUGGAGGAGGAAAGAGACCAAUGAUGGGGGCAUUUGUGCCAAAAUGCGAUGAUGAUGGUGAAUAUGUUCCAAAGCAGUGUCAUGGCAGCACCGGUCAUUGCUGGUGUGUGAAUAAAGAUGGUGAAGAGAUAGAGGGUUCAAGAGCUGGACCAGGCAAAGGUCCUGUAAUAUGUGAAGAUGAAGCUGAUAACCCCUGCUUAAAGGAACGCCAAAAAAUACUCGGAGAAAAAACACCUUCAGUUGGAAGGUUUGUGCCUCAGUGUGAUGAAAAGGGUAACUUCAGCCCGCAGCAGUGUCAUGGCAGCACCGGUUACUGUUGGUGUGUAAAUGUAAACGGUGAGGAGAUAGCUGGGACAAAGACCCCGCCUGGACAACCAGCUCAAAACUGUGAAGCCCAUGAGCCAGUGACGUGCCACUAUGCAUUAGCUGUGGUGAAAAAAUCCAGUACCUUCCAGUUUGAUCAACUAAAGGGCAAGAGAUCUUGUCAUUCUGCAAUUGGAGAGACCGCAGGUUGGAUUGCUCCUAUGACUGCACUCCUUAAGAAGAACCUGUUGUUGUGGGAAGGACCUGAAGAAAAAUCUUUUGAAAAAGCUGUUUCAGAGUUCUUCUUGGCCAGCUGUGCCCCAGGAGCCAAAGAGGAAAACUUGUGUAAGCAGUGUGCAGGACAGGAAGAUAAAUGUAAGCGCAGUCCUGGAGAACUAUACUAUGGGGAUGAAGGGGCCCUUAGGUGUUUGAGAGACGAUAAAGGAGAUGUCGCUUUUCUGGAACAUACCGCAUUAUCAGAGCAAAACUCAGAAGAUUUUGAGCUUCUUUGUCCAGACAAUAUUAGAAGACCACUAAGUCAACAUAAAGACUGUAACUUUGGAAAAGUCUCUGCACAUGCUGUAGUGACCAGAAGCAAUGGAGACAAGACUAAGGAUAUUACUGAGUAUCUUCUUGAAGCUCAGAAAAAGCAGUGCAAACUAUUUAGCUCCACCCAUGGGCAGGAUUUGCUGUUUGAGGAUACAACCACAAGUUUGAUUACUCUUCCGGCAGAAAUGGACACUUUUCUGUUUUUAGGACCAGAAGUCUAUAAUGCCAUGCAUACACUACACGGAGCUCCUCUUCCAUCCAACAAGGAAAUCCGCUGGUGUACACAAAGCCAGAAUGAGAAGUUAAAAUGUGAUAACUGGUCCUCAGUAAGUGGUGGUGCUAUCAAAUGCAUAGAGCCAUCAUCUGUACAUGAGUGCAUUAAAAAGAUUCUGAAAGGAGAAGCUGAAGCAAUAACUGUUAGUGUAGAUUACAUGUACACGGCUCUGCAAUGUGGACUGGUCAUAGCAGUAGAAGAGUACCACAAUAAAAAUGACUUUGCCCCAUGCCAAACACGUGGAGCAAAAUAUACAGAUUUUGGCACCCCUUCUGCUGUAGCCUUAGUAAAGAAAAGUGACAAAGAUAUUACAUGGAACAAUCUUAAAGGCAAAAAGUCAUGUCACACCGGUGUUGGUCAUCAGGCUGGAUGGAUAAUCCCUACUAGUCUGAUCAGUAAGGAGACCAUGAGUUGUGAUAUUGGCUCCUACUUUAGUGAGAGUUGUGCUCCUGGAUCCGCCAUUGAUUCCAACCUCUGCAAGUUGUGUAUUGGUGAUCCCCAAAAUACCAAAGCAAACACCAAAUGUUCUCCAAACAACAAAGAGGCUUACUAUGACAAUGAAGGAGCCAUCAGGUGUCUGGCAGAGAAGGGAGAUGUGGCUUUUGUGCCACACACUGCUGUAUUUGAAAACACGGAUGGUAAAAAUCCUGCGCCUUGGGCAAAGGAUUUAAAAUCUACAGAUUUUGAGUUGUUAUGUCUUGAUGGAUCUCGAGCCCCUGUCAGUGACUACAGAAAAUGUGACAUUUUAGGGGUCCCCCCUCGAGCUGUCAUUACCCGGCCAGAGACUCUCAGUGAUGUUGUAAGAAUUACUAUCAGCCAGCAGUCUCUCUAUGGGCGGAAAGGAUUUGAGAAGGACAUUUUUCAGAUGUUUUCUUCAAGUAACGGGCAAAAUCUCCUCUUCAAUGAUGGCACACAAUGCUUGAUAGAAUUUGACAGACAGAUAGAAAAAGGCAUCCUGGAUGAUUAUUUUGGCAAGCGGUAUCAUUCAGCCGUGUACAAAGAUAGCCACUGCCUACCAAUAUCAGAAUUGGCCUCUGCUUGCUCCUUCCAUCACUGCUAAGAAGACUUCCAUACCUCCAUCUUUUUUCCAAUAAAUAUUCUGAAUUUACUUAUCCUGUUUAUUCAUUCAAUAAACAUAAGGCUAUCCUGAA